AUGGCGAUUGAGAUCAGAAGUGAUACCGAGAAGAAACCGCGAAUCAAAGUCAUCGGGAUGCCUGGGAAACACGUCCCGACCAAGACCUUGCAGACCUUGAAUGAUAUCGUGAAAGCGGUCCCGCCCACAAACGGCUGGAUGGUGGAGCUUGGCUACGACUCUAAAGUCUCCGACUUCACACCGAGAUAUAGGAUCUACAUUUCCGGCGACACCCUUCUCGUGCCAGAACUCAAGGAAAUAGCCGAAUUGUACUCGGGGUUAACGAUCGACCUCAUGCUCAUUCAUCUCGGCGGCACAACCAUCCCAUCGCCGAAAUUGUCCCCCAUGACCGUGAUGGUGACGAUGGACGCAAACCAAGGCUUGGAACUGGUGCGUCUGAUAAAGCCCGAUCUCACGAUCCCGAUCCACUAUGAUGAUUAUGAUGUGUUUGCCAGCACCCUUGAGGAGUUUCAACAUGUUAUUGAGCAGGAAGGCCUGAAAGAGAAAGUGGUGUAUCUAGACAGGGGAGAUCAAUACCGGUUCAAAGUGAAAAAGUGA